AUCAAAUUACAGAUGAUAUGAAACAAAAGUGCUACAUCUGGGGGACGAGACUGAAGGAAGACGCAAAUGGCAAUACUGACGAGUAUGAGGAGAUUUGCAAUCUGAUUGGCAAAGGAGAAUACAUUUUGAUCAGAUCGCACCUUGCAUCCCUCCAGGAAAAAAGUGAUAUAGAAUCUCAGAAAAAUGAAAAGAGGUUUCAGGAACAAAUAUACUGUCUCCCCCCCGAUAUUGUGAGCAUGGCACUUUCGGAUCACCCAAAGGGGGAAUUCAUAUCCCCGAAAAUGGAAAAGGAAUUCAGGGUGGAAGCCUACCCGAGUUUCAUUCACUUCAUAGAUAGAAAAAAAUUAAGUUCGCAUCCAUAUAUUUUUGCUCCUGUUUGCCACUCGGGACAUUGGUGGUUAUGGCUAAUAAAUACAACAAAGCGGAAAUGUCAAAUACUUGACCCGCUACACAAAAAAGCUCCAAGCGAUGAGAGAAAGGACAUUAAUAAAUUCACUGGAUAUGUAUUUUCAAGAUUGAUAACAUAUGCCGGCAGGAAACCUCUGGAGAAAGGCGAGAAGGAAAAGGAAAUUAAAGCAUCAUAUGUUAAAAUAUCAGGGCAAAAAACAAGCUAUAACUGCGCUAUCUACGUUAUGAAGUGGCUUGAGUUAAUUGAGCCGGAAAACAUCAAAAAGGGGAAGUAUGAAUGGGAUAAUUGGCCACAGGAGGAGGUGGACCACUAUAGAGUGGAGUAUGCUUCCCGGAUACUAUUCGGUGAGAUGAAUAAACAGAGAGAUCGGGCAAUUAGAGAGAGUAGUGCUAUAAGGCUGUCGAAGCCAUCCUCUGUAUUAUUGAGUCCGUUUUGUCAGAUUAAUUCUGCUGAUAUAGAAACUGGGUGGUGA